AUGAGCUGUCUAUUAAUUUUAACUUUUGUGUGUUUUGUGGGACUGCUCAAUCCCCAGAAGACGGUGGCUCAGCUCCUGGAGCCCAACUGCGGUAUCACAGGCAUCAAGGACCUAAUAUUUGGCGGCACUAAUGCCAAACACGGAGAGAAUCCUUGGAUGGCCUACCUUUAUCUAAAUGAAAAUGAUUUCCUAUGCGGUGGAUCUCUCAUUCACAAACGAUUUGCCCUGACCGCUGCUCAUUGCAUUGUCAAUGGGCAGACUUUAUCUGUGCGUCUGGGGGAGUACUAUACGGAAUCCAGGGCCAAGAGCUCUAUAGCUUACAGCGUAACCUUGGCCAUUAGGAAUCGUCUCUUCAGCAAGCAUACGUAUGAGCAUGACAUCGGGAUUUUGAAACUUGAUCCUGAGGUGCAGUUCAACGCUAAUAUCAGACCCAUUUGCAUUUUCACGGAUGCCUCGCGGGCACCGUUCGUGACGUCCUACACGGUCACGGGAUGGGGCAAAACGAGAGAACUAUGGGUAGCCGAUAAGCUGCAAACGCUCGAGUUGGAAGAUAUAUCCCCCGCGAGUUGCUAUGAACACUUGGGCAUGCAUGUCAAAGCGGGCCAGAUCUGUGCCGGCCAUCCCACAGGCGACACCUGCUUGGGUGACUCUGGCAGUCCGCUGGGCCAUCUCGUGAACAUAAAUGGCUCGAUGAGAUAUACCCAGUUCGGCCUCGUCAGCUACGGAAGACGGGUGUGUAGGAGUCCGGCGGUCUACACCCGAGUAACCUACUAUGCGGACUGGAUUGUCAAGGUUGUGAAAUACGGGCUUAGCCACUAA